AUGGCUUAUAACUCUUAUAACUCGAAAGAUUUUUAUCCCCGACCCGAUUUCGUUCACGGCAAUAACAGAUGGACGCCUCUUAACGAGGGCUGGUCGAUACUCUUCGACGACGAGGAUGUGGGUUUGAAAGAGGCGUGGCAGAUCAACGGCAUUCCGGAAAAGGUGUCGGUCACUUCCUCCGAUAACUCGGCCAGCAGCGAAGCCGAAGCUCAGAGACUAGCUGCAUUCCCCGAGCUGAAGGAGAAAGGCUUCCAAGCGCCGAAGAGCGAGGCCCGCGAGAACGUCAAGAGGCCCAUCAACGUGCCCUUCGCCUUCCAGACGCCCGCGUCCGGCGUGCACGACAACGACGCCCACGAGAUCCUGUGGUACGAGAACAUCGUCGUCGACCCGCGCGAGCAGGCUGAGAUCGAAGCCGGGGAUAGGGUCCUCGCUCGCUUCGGGGCUGUCGACUACGACGCGACCGUCUGGGCUUCGGGAUACCCCGUCGCAAGGCACCGGGGCGGACACACGCCUUUCGACGUGGAUCUCACCGACGCCCUCGCGAAUGCGUGGAAGAAUACCGGAAAGGGAGAGCUUCAGCUCGUCUUGAGAAUUCGCGACUCUCCGCAUGAUCUUGCGCAGCCUCGUGGCAAGCAGUACUGGGCGCCGAAGCCGGAGUCUAUUUUUUACAAGCCCACGAGCGGGAUCUGGCAACCGGUUUGGUUGGAAGUUGUCCCGCCGACGCGAAUUGGCGACAGCAGCGCGGGGACAGUCCUGAAGUCGAACAACAUUUCCGAGGGAUUGCUAGAAGCUCGGGUGGCCGUUUUGGGCCGAAGAGCUGGUCACGGAUAUAGCGUUGAGAUCGAGGGUUAUCUUUACAGCGUCAGCGUGGCUAAGACGAAAGAAAACCUCCCUGCCGACAAGGAUUACGUCUUCAUCAACCUCGGUUUGGCCCUAAGCGACGACCAGAAGUCGAAUGCGCCGCCGACUCUUGCCCAGGACGCCCCCUACUAUGACAGCCACUCCUGGCGCGGCACCUUGGCUCUGUGGUCGCCGGAUCACCCGACUUUAUACGAUCUAUCCAUUCGGCUGUUCGACUCGGACGACAACCUGAUCGACGAGGUCAAGACGUACACGGGGUUCCGAAACAUCGACUGGAACCGGGGGGACACGACGCUGCGGCUGAACGGCAAGCCGCUGUUCCAAGCGCUCACGCUCGACCAGGGGUACUGGCCGGAGACGGGGCUGACGCCGCCGUCGCCGGACAGCCUGCGGCGAGACAUCGAGCUGACGAAGAAGAUGGGGUUCAACGGGUGCCGGAAGCACCAGAAGGUCGAGGACCCGGUCUUCCUGUACUGGGCCGACAGGCUGGGUUUUCUCGUCUGGGGCGAGAUGGCGAACGCGUACGAGUUCAACGGCGACUACGCCGAGAGGUUCACCAGCGAGUGGGUCGAGGCUGUCAAGAGGGAUAUCAACCACCCUUGUAUUAUCACCUGGACUCCUGAAAGCUGGGCCUAUCCUAACUUGAAAGACAACAUUGACCAACGGAACCACAUUCGGUCACUCUACUACCUUACCAAGACGCUCGACCCCACGCGCCCUAUCAACGACAACUGCGGGUGGGAGCACGUGCUCACGGACCUGAGCACGUUCCACGACUACUCGGACGCGCCGGCGCUGGCGGCGACGUGCGCGAGCCUCGAGGGCAUCCUGGGCAAGAAGCUCGGCGGCCGGGACUUCUUCGCCGGGCCCCUGGCGCUCGAGGACGGGCGGACGGACAGCGGCACCGCGCACCGGGAGGGCGCGCCCGUGAUCUGCUCCGAGUUCGGCGGCGUGAACAUCGCGCCUGCGAAGGGCGCCGAGGGCCGCGAUCGGGACUGGGGGUACACGACCGCGAGCGACCCGAAGGACCUGCUCAAGCGCCUGGAGGCGCUGAUACAGGCCGUGGUUAAGGGGGGGCAUAUUUGCGGGUUUGUGUAUACUCAACUAUCCGAUGUCGAGCAGGAAGUCAACGGGCUGUAUUCGUUCGAUAGGAGGGAGAAGAUCCCCGCGGACGAGGUGAGCAAAAUCAUCGAGGCAGCGAGGAAUACGUAUUUCAGCAGUCUUCCUAAGAAGAUAUGAUAUGAUAUAGAAGGGGUUGGUUGGUAUGGCAUGGUAUGUAUGGCUUAAGAGAUGAAUAGUGUGAUGUCGUGAAGACAGGUACAUAGAUGUCUAAUGGAAAGUUUCACGGUAAACGGAUUAGAUAUAUUGCAGGCUUAAUUAUAAGUAGAAGAUAAGUAGAAGAGUUCAUAAUAAUAGAGUCGUGAUAAAUG